UCUGCCCGUCAGUGCCGGUGGAGUGCGUGCGUCCGCUCGUGGUGGUCCGGCUCGGCGAACGUCGUGCCGUGAACGGAACGCAGCGAGAGGUGCCCGCUGACGAGGAUGGCGUCUCGACUCUGGCUGCUGGUGGUGGCGCAGCUGCUGCUCCUGGCAGCUGCUGCCCCUGGGGACGACUACUUCUACGACGAGGAGGUGGAGGAGGUGGCGUCGACACACGUGCCGCGCUUCACCACCGAGCCGCUGCAGCUGAACGCCAUGCCGGGAGACACCGUCACCCUGCCCUGCUACAUGGACAAAGCGGCCGGGGUCAUCAUCUGGCGCUCCGGCUCCAAGGUCUUCUUCACGGGCAGCUUCACAAACAGCAAGGACACGCGCGUCAAGCUCUCGCAGAGCGGCCCUAAGGGCAACAGCCUAGUCAUCACCGACGUGCGGCCCCAGGACAGCGGCACGUACGAGUGCCUCAUCUCCUCGUCGCCACCCGUCUCGCUGCAUCACGUCGUAAACAUCAAGUACGCUCCGGUGGUGACGACCGACCCGGCCCAGGGCGUGCUGGUGAUCCGCCAGGGCCAGCCGGUCCGCCUCUCCUGCACCGCAGACGCCAACCCGCCGGCCACCAUCACCUGGACCAGGAAGGGUGGUGUUCUGCCGAACGGAGAGCAGAAGCUGGAGGGAGAGACGCUGGAGGUCGCCGCCGUUGACCGCAGUCACAUGGGUAGCUACACCUGCACCGUCGACAACGGCGUCGGCAAGGCCGUCGUCAAGGACUUCCGGCUCGAGGUUAACUUUGCACCCGAGAUCGAGCUGAUGACCAACACGGUGCACACGGGCGCCGGCUUCGAGGCGCAGCUAAUGUGCAAAGUGCGCGGACAGCCGUUGCCGAAGGUCCGCUGGAGCCGGACCGGCGGCGCCACGCUCGAUGACCAGCACCACGUGGAGCGUCACGAGGGCGACGACUACUACAUCAACAUCGACAAGGUGAUGGACAGCGACAUGGGGCUGUACAGCUGCCGGGCCGAGAGCAGCCUGGGCACAGCCGCGGCCGCCAUCGAGGUUACAGGAAAGCCGACGCCGGUGGUGGUUUCUUCGGACCCAAACGGCCAGGAGAAAAACUCGUUCACCCUCAACUGGAGUGUAGAAAGCUACUCACCUGUGAAAGAAUACAAAGUCAUAUAUAAGAACACGCAGGUGAACGGAACCAACCCCGAAGUGCAGCAGCAGUGGGAGCAAGUAAUAGUUGCUGCGCCGCGGACAGAUGGCGCUAACAGCGUCCUAUACAAGUACACCUACGCGCUGCGCGACCUGCAGCCCGCCAGCGUGUACGAAGGAGUCGUGACGGCGCGCAACAAGUACGGCUGGAGCCGCGAGCCCACCGAGCCGUUCCGGUUCUCCACACUCGGAGCACACGGUCCUGCGGCAGACCUGACGGGAGGAGAGGCGCUCGGCUCCAAGGACCCGAACGGCGCCAGCACGCUCCGCGGCGGCCUGCUCUCGUCGCUGGCGGCCCUCUGCGCCCUGUUGGUCGUCUUGUGAGCCGGCGAGGUCACUGUUUUAGGUUAUGUUUUUCACUUUGCUCGCGCACGCCAGAAUGAUUGCGCAAAUUCGCGGCAGCAGAAUGGGCCUCGGCUUUUUCGGGUCCUCCUGGCUGGCUGCGGCGGACUGAAGACCUCGAGUCUCCAGAGCCAGAGCCGACUAGUCCCCGCGGGAACCGGCCAGUCGGGCCCGCCCCCGGAGAGGACCGCGCGCCAGCAGGACACGACCUAUCUGAACCGAACCUCAAGCGCGACGCUUGCAGCUACUCGAUGUGCGCAGCGGCCGCCUCGCGCCGCCCGCGGCCGCGUUCACCACGAGGCGCACAGCGUCGGACCCGACACGCGUGCCUGCCGCCAGUGAGACGAGAGCCGCCCGCCCGGCACCGUCCGGGCUCACCAGCAGACGCUGGAGCCGCCCCGUCGACCGUCGGCCGCCGACGGAAGCCGGCGCCGCGCCGGCCGGGCUCUGUGGCGAGGCGCACUGGAGGUGGAGACAGACCCGGCGCGCUGGCAGCGGAGAAGACAGACCCAGCGCGCUGGCGGCGGAGAAGACAGACCCGGCGCGCUGACGGCGUAGAUGACAGGCCCGGCGC